AUGUCUUGGGUUUGGGCUAGUAUAUGUCAUGGUCUAGAUAUUUUGAAACAUCAUGCUAUUUGGGAUAUUAGAGAUGGAAAUUCUGCUCACGCUUUUACUGAUAACUGGAUUAUUAACCCGUCUUACCCUCGUUGUGUUAAUUAUCCGAAUCCUAAUUAUAAAGUCUCAGAUUUUAUCAUUGCUGAAACAAAAAGCUGGAAUGUUCCCUUAGUCCAGGAUUUCUUUACCAAUGACAAUAGUCAAAAAAUCUGUAGCAUGAGAGUACCCUUAUCUGGCAGUGAUUGUCUUGUUUGUCCCUACAAUAAGAAUGGUGUCUUAACUGUGAAAUCAAUUUAUAAACUGCUAGCAAGUGAACUUCCUCAUAACUCUAUUCCCAUCCCUGAUUUUUAUAUGUACAGGGCUCUGUGGAGAUCUCCCCUACUCCCUAGAACUCAUCUUUUUCUUUGGAAAUGCGUAGAAAACAUUCUACCCACAGGUAACAUGCUUGUUAGGUAUAAUAAUCAACAUGAUGAUAGAUGUAAAAUGUGCAACUUGGGUGUUUCUGAAUCUCCAGAACAUAUGCUUUUACAUUGUUCUUUUGCCAAAGAUGUCUGGCAGCAUAUACCUGUCGUGAACUCUCUUGUUUUACAGGAUUCAGGCACACAAAUCAGUAUUAAGGAUUGGGUCACUAAAUGGCUUAUUUCAAGUCAUCUCCAAGAUCAUCUAGUAAGAACCAUGAAUACUGCCUGGUGCAUCUGGAAAGCCAGAUGUUCUAAGGUUUUUGAGGAUAAAACUUCAAACCCUCGUAUGGUAGCUAGAACUGCCAUGAGUAUUGCUGCUGAAACUGUCAAUACUCUAACCACUGUUCCUCCCUGUACUAUUCUUCGCAAUGCUGCUGUAGUUGAACCAAAUGAUUUGAUAUUGCAUCCUAAUUGCAUUACUAUAUUUUGUGAUGGUUCAUUUGAUAAGGACACUAACAAGGCUGGCAUUGGCAUUGUGGCAAUGCAUUCUACAGAUGGAUUCAGGGGCUGCAAACUAAUCUCAUGGAGAUGCAUCAGUCCAGAAGAAACGGAAUGCUACGCUUUGUUGGAGGAUGCACAUUGGAUCAGGGACCAAGGCUUCCAGAAUAUCUGCUUAGUUAGUGAUGCCAAAAAUGUUAUGGCUUAUUUAAAUAAUUACAGAGACCAAAUUAGUUGGUCCUCUUGCUCAGUUUUAGAUGAUUGUUUGUUCCUUCUGCAAGACACUCAAAUUAUCUGUUUUAAAUAUGUCAAGAGAAACUUGAAUAUCCUUGCAGACAUAGCUGCAAGACAUAGUCGAGUUGAUAAUGUCUCAGGAGAGUGGCAUGAAAAUAACUGUCCACACUUCCUGCAAAAUGUUGUAAACUCCAUUUAA